CGUCAAGGAACCUUUGUUGCAAGUCAACAUCGCUUUGUCGCGCGUUAAGUUGCCUUUGUUGCUCGUCAGAAUAUUUAUGCGUGUCGAUGAAUCAUGCAUCGACAAUGAUCGUUGUGUCCUCUGAAACACACAAUCAGCACGAAGGCGUCAGUCCUUGCAACUUAAGCCAGUCAAGGUCGAAGCCUGUCCCGGUGCUGUGUGUAUAUCUAGUCAGAACCCGAUCAAUAAUUCGGGCAGAGCCAUCGCCAACCACUCCCUUACGAUCAAACCAUCCUCUACAUAUUGGAUGUUGAAUUUACUGAACUCCCUGCUCGGUUCAACGCCGAUUGGUGUAGAUCAAGAACAACCCAGCUCAAACGGAACGGAACCCAUGUCGGGCGCACAGCAUCCAGAGACCAACGUAGGGUCCUUUGACACCGAUUUGAGACUCAUCUGCGUCAAGUGUAAGACGAACCUCUGCGAGGACUCGGAAAUAUGCGUCGACUGUGGUGACAUCCGGGUCAAGUCCGAGGACUGCGACUCGGACGACGGGGGGAUCGUGAUCAAGACGGAGCCCCGGGAUUCCGACAGUUAUGAGCCCUUUGAAGAGGCUGCACUUGCUAUGACCAUCAUGGACUCGAUAGAGAUUCCGGAGUCCGUUGAUGGCACGACUGCAGAGCAGGCCGCGCCUGCCGAGGAAAAUGGCAAGCUGGAGAACGAACCCCCGGCUGCAUCCGAAACCGCCCCCCAAGCUCCUCCAAACGAUCCCAAGCCCAGGGGCAGAGCGAAGAGUCCUGCUGGCUCAUCUAGAAAACGACUGUCGAAAAGAACGGCGUGUGAGGAUUGCAGAAGGUCGAAGAAACGAUGUAUACAUCGAGACGGGGAAGAACAAAAGACCACCCAGCCUUCGACCAGCAUGCGCAAACAGGCUGCCGGACCAAAGAAGAAGCCCGGCCCGUCAGCCAAGAAGACCCAAACAGACAAUGGCAAUGCCACUGUCAAUGACAAUGGCAAUGACGUUGAUGAGUCUAUUGACGAUCCUUCCAAAACAGGCAUCAAGCUCCGGAUUAAGAAUGUACAAUCUGACUCUGCUGGGCCGAUUCCAACUGGUCCGGCCGAGCCAGAGCCGGUCACGCAGAAGAGAAAACGGGGAAGACCGCGCAAGGUCUCACCUGGGGAUACGGGGGUGCAGGCGGCUCCUGCGAAGGAGAUACAAGAGGAAGAAGAGGAUGCUACCCUACGGAAGCGAGUGAAACGAGGCACGCCGACUGGAGAUACCAACGAGACGAGUCCUCAGAUUUCUUCAGCCUCCGCUGCCCUUGUGUUUCCCUCACCCUCAGAGGGUGCGUUGAACGGUGCGAGUAAGUUGGCGCCACAUGUUGUCUUCAGUCAAAACCUACAUGCGAGACUAGAAGAUUGCGACGAAAAAUGGCAGGCGGCCAUGGACGCUCUUCGGGAAGCCAAAGAGAUGCUAGAUUGCUGGGUACACCUGUGGGUGCGGGGGAGAGCCGUCGAUGCGUAACGCGGAAAUACUUCAUUCAUUAGUCCGCUUCUGUGUCAGAAAUGCUUUGGUCCGUCGCCGUCACUUUGAGAGUUCGUAU